AUGGAGAUGAACUCCACUUCUAAGCCGACGUCUCCAGCGCUGUUCUUUUUCCUCGGAGGGAUAGUCAUGCUCAUAAUUUUGCUUGUUCUGAUAUUCGUGUUUCGGAAACUGAUCAAACCAGAAGAGCUUAAGAAAUUGGUAGCACGAGCCAGAAGGCAGCCAGAAUCCAAAGAUUUGUUCAGUGGGAACCUUCGAACAAUAAGCUAUUUCGACUUCCGGACAUUGAAGAUGGCAACCAAGAACUUUCAUCCUGGUAAUCUCCUUGGAGUAGGUGGAUUUGGCCCUGUCUAUCGGGGAAAACUAGGAGAUGGGAGGCUAAUUGCUGCUAAGAAAUUGUGCCUUGACAAAUCUCAACAAGGAGAAUCAGAAUUUCUUACAGAGGUAAAGUUGAUCACUAGCGUUCAGCACAGGAACUUGGUUCGGCUUAUCGGAUGUUGCUCAGAUGGGCCUCAACGGCUGCUUGUGUAUGAAUACAUGAAAAACAGGAGCUUGGACCUCAUAGUAUAUGGAAAAAGUGAUCGGUUCCUGAACUGGAGCACCAGGUUCCAGAUAAUUGUGGGUAUUGCUCGAGGUUUACAGUAUCUGCAUGAGGAUUCUCCGCUAAGAAUUAUCCACAGAGAUAUCAAGGCAAGCAACAUUCUUCUUGAUGAGAAAUACCAACCAAAGAUUGGAGAUUUUGGGCUGGCUAGGUUCUUCCCUGAAGACCAAGCUUAUCUCAGUACAACAUUUGCUGGAACUUUGGGUUAUACAGCACCGGAAUAUGCUAUUAGAGGAGAAUUGUCCGAAAAGGCGGACAUAUAUAGUUUUGGAGUUCUUGUGCUUGAAAUAAUUAGCGGAAGAAAAAACACAGAUCUCACUUUACCAUCAGAAAUGCAAUACCUCCCUGAAUAUGCAUGGAAGUUAUUCGAGACGUCAAAUGUGAUCGAGCUAGUAGAUCCAAAAUUGCAUGAAAAUGGAUUUGUGGAAAGGGAUGUUUUGCAAGCAAUCCAAGUUGCCUUCUUAUGUCUUCAGCCUCAUGCAAAUCUGAGACCCCCAAUGUCAGAGGUUGUAGCAAUGCUAACUUGCAAAGUUGAAAUGAUUGGAACACCUAUGAAACCUGCCUUCUUAGCACGAAGACGCACGAAAGAUCAGAACCUUUCUUGGGAUACAAUAUCUGAGGUCUUCCCUUCUCCCUUUCAGAGUGAAUCUACCUCAUUACCUAAACCACCAACUUGAGGGCCGUUUCCUGUCUUGCAAGGAAAGUCAAAAUGGUAUGAGGG